UACAGGUGUGAACCAUAGCGCCAGCUCUUCCUGUCUUUCUUCAACACGUCCUCCCAUCCUUCCCUCCUUUCUCCACUCUCUGCAUUUGAUCCCCAGUGUAUUCCAGCCUCGAGGCCAACACACGUGACCACGUCUGCCUGGGGCAGGUGAAGGAAGGGACGCGAGGCGGCGCUGUCACCACAUUCUGUGAGCCGCAGCGCUCUGGGUCCUGCUGGUCUAGUAUCAUUUCAGUGAACGUCACUCUAAUUUUUUUUUUCUUUUUUUUUUUUUUGUGAGAUGGAGUCUCGCUCUGUCGCCCAGGCUGGAGUGCAGUGGCGCGAUCUCGGCUCACUGCAAGCUCCGCCUCCCGGGUUCACGCCAUUCUCCUGCCUCAGCCUCCGAGUAGCUGGGACUACCAGCGCCUACCACCACACCCGGCUAAUUUUUGUAUUUUUAGUAGAGAAGGGGCUUCACCAUGUUGGCCAAGCUGGUCUCGAACUCCUGACCUCAAGUGAUCCGCCCGCCAUGGCCUCCCAAAGUGCUGGGAUUACAGGCGUGAGCCACCGCGCUCGGCUGUCACUGCAGACUUUGAUGGGGGCCACACUCGGGGUAUAAAUUAGGAUCCUCACUGAAAGGGCGGGACCAUGGAGGCUUUUUCUUGGCCCCUUAGUUGUGGGUUUUCCUCUGGGCGGCGGAGCCAGUUUCCAUCAGAACAGCCCAGAGGCGGGCGCUGCCUUCCUGGGGUGACGCAGCAGCAGGAAGAGUUUUCGGAUCCUGGAAUCCGUGGGCGGCCCAUGGGAGGGGCUGAGGCUCAUUUCCCUACUCACCUGUCUCCGAAUCCGCCGCGUUGUUUCAAGCGAGUCAGAUUCCAGAUCGCGCCCCAGGCUGGACUCGGAAUUCCUGCCCCGCGGGUCUGCAUUUUCACAGCGGCAGGGCUUGUGGUCCCUGACAAGGAGGACCCUGAGGGCAACCACACCUUGCCAUGCAGAGCACCUGGCUUCUCACCUGCCAAUCUCACUCUGACCUGGCUGCAGGAAGGGAAGGAGCCAACCCUGGACUCAAGACUCAAGGGGACCAGAACCAGGGAGAUGAGACAUACCAGGGCUGGGCAGCUGUGGGGGUCCUUCCGGAGAGGAGCUGAGAUACGCCUACCUGGAGGGGCCCCUGGGCCUGGAGGGGCUCCUCAGCGUGACUGGGUGAAGUGUUUUCAGAGGACCAGGGUUGAGGGUGGGGGCAUCUCAUCCAGACCUUGCCCGCAUCUGCCCCAGCACCCAAGGGCCUCUCCUUCCUCCCUCCUCAAUGAAAAUGCUGGGGAUGUCCUCAGUCACCCUCUGAGCACUCACACAUCACCCCUUAUUUGGAACUUUUUCUCACUCUAACGUCCUUCCUUCCUGCUGCACCUUCUGCCCCAUCCCCAGGCUCUGGCCUCUCUCUCUCCUCAUCUACCCUCUAGCAGGUAAUGACUCACUUCCCACUGAGGAGCCAGAUCUAGGUGAGAGUCUGGGCUCUCGGUGAGGUUGGGAAAAGGAAAAGGCUUAUGGGCCAGGGGAUGGGAGGGAGAAUGGGCACAGCCAAAGCAGAAGUGGAAGGGUUGGGGGAGGCGAUAAAGACAGAUGUUUCCAUAUCACCAUUUUUCUUUCAUAGUCCAAGGGAGCUGCCCUUCCCCCAAGCCCAGGAAAGUGAAAAGAGAAGCAGGAACAGUGAAGUACUCCACAGGGAAGAAAAAUCUUAGUGAUCGCUCCUGCUGUCUCUUUCCUUUUGCCUAUUCUGGCAAAUUUUGUAAGUGAAAUUUGUUACCAAGAUGUGAAAAUCUUAUUAUAAGAAAGUCUCUAAAUAUUUGAGAAUAAAAUUAUCAAUGUCUCAGCUCUGCAGGCUGAAAAAACGGAGGCUUUACAAAAUAAAAUCAUGCUUGGAAAACUUCCUUCUCCUCUGAGGGAUGUCAGAGGCUGCACUGAAUAAGCUCUAAGGUGGUGCUGAAAUGAGUCAUUUAUUUGCCUGUGUAAGCUCAGGCAGGUGUUGGAAUUGAGGAAGUAUAGGUAAUGAAAAAGUAACCAUGUCCUCGGGACAUAGCGACUGGUGAUGACCAUACAAUCAACACAAUAAACUCUAGCAUUCGCAUUGUAGUCCAGCUCAUUCAAGCAAAGCUAUCUCCAAUAGGGAGUUUACCCUGUACAGAACAUGUGCAUUUCCACCUCUUCUCAGACUGACCCUUUGCUCAUCACAAUAGCGAAAAAAAAAACACAGCCCUGGGUGGAGAUUUCAGAUGCUAAUGAGUCAUGAGAUGUAUGAACAAGCAUGUACAGCUACUGCACAUGUGCACCCAGAAGACCGCCCAGAACAUGCUUGCUAGUAACACCUCUUCCCACCCACCUCCUGUGAAUAAUCAUGUAAGACACCCAUAAAGGGAGUUUCUGCAGCAAUCAUCAAUGCUGUCUCAUCCUUAGGAGCAGCCCACCCUGAAUCCUCUCUCAGGGUGUACAGUUUAUUUUGCACUUAACUUUCAAAAUAAUAUUUUUCCUUUGUAAUAAAUUGCUUUGUACUUCA